AACUGUUGUGUUUCCUGUCAUCUUUGUUUUGUUAGUGGGAUUUGUUUGUGGUGCAGUGCUGGGAUCUGUAAUAAUUAUUGUCAUGAGUGUGAUUGAAAGUUUGCAAUAAAUGGUAAACUGUGAAUUUAAUUUUUUAGGUGUGGGACAGUCAGAAUUUGCUGUGGCUGAUAUGGUAGAUAUGUUUAUAUUACUGCUACCACCUGCAGGUGGAGAUGAAUUACAGGGUAUCAAGCGGGGUAUAAUUGAGAUGGCAGAUCUGGUUGCUAUAAAUAAAGCUGAUGGUGAUUUAGUUGUGGCUGCACGGAGAAUACAGGCUGAGUACAUCAGUGCUAUGAAGCUGCUUCGCAAGCGUUCGAAGGUUUGGAGACCAAAGGUAAUGCGCAUCUCUGCCAAAACUGGAGAAGGUAUCUCGGACAUGUGGGAUAAAAUGACUGAGUUCCGUGACCUCAUGCUCACGAGCGGUGAGUUGAUUGCCAAACGACGGAAACAGCAGAAAGUGUGGAUGUGGAAUCUCAUCCAAGAAAACAUGUUGGAACAUUUCCGGAGUCACUUGGCGGUCAAAGAUAAGAUUCCACUUCUAGAAGAAAAGGUUCUUAGUGGAGUCUUGUCUCCUGGACUGGCAGCUGACCUGCUACUGAAAGCGUUCAAAGAUAGUCUCUAAGCAUUAUUUUCUUACUCUGUUCCUGAUAAGUGCUUUAUGUAAACAUGAACAUUAAAUAAGCUUUUUCU